UAUGAUUUCAGCACUUGCCAUCUUCCCUCCUAUAUAUAUUGCACAACCGCCCUCCCCCUUCCUCACACCCUCUCUAUAACAAGCUUGUUCACUCUCUCACUCUCUUUCUGUCUCCACCAUGACAACUCACAUUGAUAACUUGUGGGUGUUAGCCUUGGCCUCCAAAUGCACACAGGAGAACAUUGCAUGGUCACUUUUGAUCAUGGUCUCACUCUGGCUCACCAUGACCUUGUUCUACUGGUCUCACCCAGGUGGUCCAGCUUGGGGCAAGUACCACUCCACAUGGAGGAAAAACACCAACAACCUUAACCAUGUCUCAGAUAAUAAUAAAAUGAUUCCUGGUCCCAAAGGCUACCCCAUACUAGGUAGCAUGAGGCUCAUGGCCUCGCUAGCGCACCACCGUAUUGCGGCUGCGGCCAAGGCAUGCAACGCCACCAGGCUCAUGGCCUUCAGCCUCGGCGACACACGUGUCAUAGUCACGUGCCACCCCGACGUAGCCAAGGAGAUUCUCACCAGCUCUGUUUUCGCGGAUCGCCCCAUCAAGGAAUCCGCUUACAGCCUUAUGUUCAACCGUGCCAUCGGCUUUGCCCCCUACGGUGUUUACUGGCGCACUCUCCGCCGUAUCGCCGCCACGCACCUCUUCUGCCCCAAGCAAAUCAAGGCCUCUGAGUUUCAACGUGCCCAAAUCGCCGUCCAGCUCACCGACUCAUUCCGAAACCGCCACGCCGGCUUUUGCGUUCGCCAGGCGCUUAAGAAAGCUUCGCUCAAUCACAUGAUGUGGUCGGUGUUCGGUCAGAGGUACAACCUGGAUGAAACAAACACCGGAAUGGAGGAGCUAUCCCGGUUAGUGGAGCAAGGGUACGACCUUUUGGGUACCCUUAAUUGGGGUGACCAUAUCCCUUUUCUCAGAGACUUUGACCUACAAAAAAUCCGGUUCAUUUGUUCAAAGCUCGUCCCCAAAGUGAACCGGUUCGUUGGUUCAAUCAUCGCCGACCACCAAGCCGACAUAACCCAAACCAACCGGGAUUUCGUUCAUGUUUUGCUCUCUCUCGAAGGUCCAGAUAAAUUGUCUCACUCCGACAUGAUUGCUGUCCUCUGGGAAAUGAUAUUUAGAGGGACCGACACGGUGGCGGUUUUGAUCGAGUGGAUACUAGCGAGGAUGGUGCUUCAUCCCGAGGUACAAAGGAAGGUGCAACAGGAGCUUGACGCGGUGGUUGGGUCACGCGUUUUAACUGAGGAGGACGUGGCGGCGACGGUGUACCUGCCGGCGGUGGUGAAGGAGGUUCUGAGGGUGCACCCUCCGGGCCCACUUCUCUCGUGGGCCCGUUUAGCCAUCACUGAUACGACCAUUGAUGGGUAUCACGUGCCCGCUGGGACCACCGCCAUGGUUAAUAUGUGGGCCAUAGGGCGGGACCCGAGCGUGUGGGUGGACCCACUUCAGUUCAAGCCCGAGAGGUUCCUUAACGGGGAGUCCGAGUUUUCUGUUUUUGGGUCGGAUCUGAGACUCGCUCCGUUCGGGUCGGGUCGGAGGACUUGCCCCGGAAAGACUCUGGGUUUGACCACUGCAACCUUCUGGGUGGCCAGGCUCUUGCACGAGUUUGAAUGGUUACCGUCUGAUGAAGCUAACGGGGUUGAUCUAACGGAGGUGCUUAGGCUCUCGUGUGAAAUGGCUAACCCCCUCAAUGUUAAGGUUCGCCCUAGGCGUGGAUUAAGCACUUAGUAGUGAUAAUAAUUAAGCCUGUCUAAGUUAACUUGAAAUGAAACUUUGUUUUAGUGAGAUGAAAAAAAAAGAGAGGUUUUGCAUGUGGCAGGGGGUUGGUGGCAGGUGCAUGGCCCUUUGGAGCCACUAAAUGUUAAGUGAAAGAAGUUAGAAGCUUGCUUGAGUUGGCUCUGUCUCUCUAUAAUAUGGGUCAUAAGGUUUUUCUCUUUUUUGUUUUUAAGUUGAUAGUGAAGUCCUAAGUUGUCCCCGGUUAUAAAAAUUAGAAAAAAUAUCUAUUUCCAUUGUAAAUAUUUUGCUCAAAUUAAUACAAGUUCUUAAGUUUGCCUA